UAUUAGAAAAAAAACUACAAGGAUAAGAAGUGUAUUUAUCCUAGACAAAUUAGUAUGAUUGAGAAUAUAUGAGUCUGUAUAUGUAUUUAUUUUUUUGUUAGUCUUUUUUCUGAUCCACACUCCAUACCAGUUGGUGGCGGUAAUGCCCAAAUCGCUUGGCAACAGCCAAUCAGCCUCAAAGAAGAAGACUCGGGCGCCGGGCGGGUAAUUUGAGCGGACUGUUGUUGUGUCAGUCGUGUGGCGAUACAAUUUUACCGAUUGUAAAGUAAAUCCAACGAGAAUCCGUUAUUUCAUCAGGAAAGGGGUCAGUAUGAACGAAGGGACGCUUCAAAACAUAAUGGCGGAAUCUAAUAAUCUUAACGGCUCGCAGAGAAGACGGUCGCCGCGGUUGACUUCUCCUCCUCAGGCUAACGUUAAAACUGGCAACAACAUGGCGCUGGCCUCGGUCGCUGUUAAACGUUCCAUCACGGUGAGAAAAAUAGCACCCAGAAAAACAGUUGCACCGUCGGAGCACAACAAGGAGAACACAUCGAGACGGUCCGGGUUGGAAAGUAGUCAAAAGAAGAAGUCGAAUGUCUCCACGCCAGAUCCUCUUGAGGCGGAUGACUGCGGUUCAACUUUCGCCAAACCGGACCCAAACAUCCCUGGAGUGGCCUUGGUGAAGGAGAAGAGGAGAAGGAAGAGGGUCCAGCAGAUAGGCACCACAGAGCUGGACGCACUGGCGGCCCAGAUGAACGCAGAGUUUGAGGAGGCAGAGGAGUUUGAGUUGAUCGUGGAGUAACGUUAAAUAAUGUGACUGACGGAGUGAAGAAAGCUAUGACAGCGUGUGGUGGGAAACACACUGACUCUGGGAGGACAGCACUCCUCUGUGUGCCUCAGACUGAAAAGAUUCACUUUUUGUAUAUUUCCUGCUCUAUAGUAAAUUCAGAAUUUCUUUUGGAGUUUUAUAUGUUUGGAGUUCCUUAUGUGUUUAAGUCAUCAUGUGGUCGAGAUGACCAGUAGACAAGUUAAACCUAAAGCAUGUUCGUUCGUUUGUGUUUUUGCUGGUUAUUGUUAAAACAUACUGCUUUUUUUUGCAUGAAAAAAAAAACAGCAUUUUGUACGUUUGUUUUUAAAUAUUUGUGCACUGUUUUUAAUUUAAAUUUUAUUCCCAAACUGGCUGUGCCCGUGAUACAUAGACAGUUUAAUAUGAAUGUGGAAUCUGUACUUUGGAAAAUUUGAGACAUUUUUGCAGGGUAGGGUCUAAAAGCUAUGAAGGGACAGUUUUCUAACAGAAAAACUGAAUGGGAUUUUGUAUUUCUUCACAAUAAUUGAAUUACUGAAAAACAACAAAUGUGGGCAGCAGUUCAGGGGUCUGUGACCAGGAUACUACCCUUUUAAUAAUGUUCUACAUCCACAUAUGAUUGGCGUACAAUGUCAACAAGACUGUAAGACCGCACUUGUCGAUGUUGUUCUUAGAUGUUGUCUUUUCCUAAACAUAAAAGAAAAUCAGUUUUUUGCCUUUUUCACUA